UCUAUCUCCUCCUUGUCCUUAAUGUUCUACCGGUAUAGGGCAUUUGAUUCUUUUGCACAUGCUGCGUUGCGCGUUGGGAUUGAAAUGUUAUACUGAUCUAUCAUCAGCGCGGCCUUAUCUCAGAAUUGUGAUUGGUAUGAAAUUCAGAGAUGCUUGAUUAAGAGAAAAGUAGAGCAACAACACAUUAAACACUUGGUUAGGGGGCAUAACUAUUGUUACAGUGUGUUAGUUGCAUUAUUAAAGGGAUCCAGCUGAUUUGUUAUAUACCCAAUUUUGAGUCUUCAGAGUCAGAAUUUUUUUUUUUUGAACAUGUCACCAUAUAAUCCAUCACCCAAGGGAACUUCAGGGAAUUUCAUUUAUCAACUUCUGUGCGUGCAUCUUGUAUUAUCAAGUUAUAGUGGCUUCUUUCAGAUUUUGACAGACCACCUCCUACACCUUCCAACAUGAUAACAAGUCCAGAGCUAAUAAAUAUUCUGAUUAGCAUUGGCAGAAGCUGAUGCGGUGUAAACCAGUUUUUUACCAAUACAUUGUACAACAAUUAAAGGGAAGCUCUUACAAAAACAUGGAAGAACAGAUGAACACGGGAAAGGUUGCAGAAAAGAUUCAUGAGGUAACAUUGCAUACUGAAGAUAUAGAGGACUCUAUCUGUGCAGUGAGGUCCAUGGCAGAGUUUGGACUUCCAAUUGCUGAUGAUAUGAUCAAGGACAUAAAUAAAUCUCUCAAGAUAAUGUCAAAGACCCAACCAAAGAGGGGGUUAAUCCAGAACCCCACUUGGGGGUUCCAAUCAGGGAAAAGCUCAGGAACAUGGGAAGAAGAUUUGGGCACAACCGACGGAGGAAGCAGCCGUAAUUAUUUCUCUUCCAUGUUCAACACUGCGAAGCAGAAGGCAUCCACUCUCAGAUGGCCACAGCCUGAUUUCGGAACAAAAGAUGACACCACUGAGGAGUCAGAGUCAUCUGCAGCUCCUGAAUCAUCACAAGCUGGUGGACAUGGUGCAUCGACACCCUCAGAUACAGAGAAGGAUGAUCUUCCUGUUUCAAGCCAGCUUUUAGAUAACAAUACAGCUACUAUGAAGGAGAGCUCUUCGACUGAUAUCUCCAAAUCGGUGGAGAAUUAUAACAAGUUCAAGGAAGAACAAGAACUCAAACUACAAGAAUGGCUUAGACAGUCUGAAGAAGCUGAUGAUAAUAAAGAGUGAGGUGGUUCUAGCUGGUGCAACCUAGUACAUUUGCUAGAGCACAUACCAUGCCAUGUUGUAUCCUAUACAUGCUUACUUGAUGCACUUCCAGAACUUCAGAUGGUAACUGUUUAUGAAGCAGAGCUUGUAAUCAUGAUGAGGUACAUAAUUUAUCUGCCUAUUAGGGAACGCUGUAAAUUGCCAUACUCUGUUUGCCGUUGAUUUAUUUAUUGCCAAGGCACAGAGAUCAUCAAUGUACUGUAGAAUAGCCUGAACUAUUGAUCAUGCAUUUUUUUUCCAUGUCUCUUCACAUCUAUUUUCGGUAAUCAUGUCGGUGGCAUCAGCAAAUGAAUAUCCUUAAUUUUGCAGUA